GUUGUGACGUGACGUUUGUUUGUAAUUGACGAAGUACCGUUCGCUCGCCCACUUGUCUUGUGUCGUGGAUGAGAAAAAGUUUUCUGCACGAAAUUAGUUCUGCCUGACUAAAACGUAACUCAGUGAAAAAAAAUUAAUUAAAAUGUCCGUCAGCGCUCCUCUUAUUGUAAGGUUAUUAGCUUCUUCGGUGUCAGUUGCUGGCCGAGCUGGGAAAAUAGUGAGAGAUGUAAUGAGCAAAGGAGAGUUGGGGAUUGUUGAAAAGGGAAAGGAUGACUAUCAGACGGAAGCAGAUAGGUCUGCCGAGAAGUGUAUUGUUGCAUCCCUCUCCAAACAGUAUCCAAAAGCCAGUAUUAUUGGAGAGGAAGAUAGCUCAGUGGAAGAGGGUGAGGUUUCACCAGACUGGAUAGUGGUGGAUGCAGAUAAAGAGGUGUUGGGUCUGGAGUGCCCUGCUAGCCUCAAAGGGGUGAAGGAGGAAGAUAUAGUAGUGUGGGUUGAUCCCCUUGAUGGAACUUCCGAGUACACUCAAGGUGCCCUAAUGUUGAAGAGAGAUCCUUGGGAACGAUGGAAAAUGUAUUUGAGCCACCCUUUUAUCAGUAUGAAGUGGUACUUAAGUCUACUUCAUUCAAAUUUUGGAUUCUUGGAACAUGUGACAGUUCUUAUUGGAAUCUCUGUCAAUGAGAAACCAGUAGCUGGAGUGAUUCACCAGCCAUUUUUCAAAAAUCAAACGGGAGGAGAAGUUAAAAUGGGCAGAACUAUCUGGGGGCUGUCAGAGAUAGGUGUUGGAGGGUUCACGCCGGCUCCGCCUCCAGGGUCCUUGAUCAUCACCACAACUAGAAGCCAUUCUAAUCCUGUGGUUGAAAAGGCAUUACAGGUCAUGAAUGCUGCUCAGAUUCUGAGGGUUGGAGGUGCAGGAUACAAGGUGUUACAACUGUUGGAAGGCAAAGCAUCAGUAUACGUAUUCGCCAGUCCAGGAUGCAAGAAGUGGGACACAUGCGCCCCCGAAGCAGUAUUGUCAGCAGCCGGGGGCAAGCUCACGGAUAUCCUCGGGAACUUCUACAAGUACGGGGCCUCGGCACCCAAGCCGAACAAGACCGGGGUCUUAGCUGCCGUCAACGAUGAACUGCACAGCUACGCACUGAACAGGAUACCACAGGAACUGAAAGAUACUCUAGCCAAUAAAUAGCUACGAUUUAUAUCACAAUGUUUAGCCUCGUAAGACCAA